AUGCCUAGUAUAGUGAUUGGCAUAGACUUCGGGUCCAGCUACUCGACAGCCUCGUGGCUCUUAGUAGAGAAGGGUAUCUCCGUCUAUCUGCCGCAGAUCGUCAGAAACUGGCCAGCAACUUCGCCUCGAGACUCAGGCUUCGCUAAGGUUCCGACUAAGAUCCACUACGACGAGUCUGACCCGGACAUUCUGCCUGACUAUCUGGAUGACUCAUUUGAGGUCAAGAAUGCUUGUCGUGCGAUCCUACAUGCUGAUAAGACUGUCAUCCAGGUGGUGGGAUAUUACCUAACGCAGCUCUACGACCACACAUUAGGUGAGAUAGCGGCAAAGAUCGGCCAGCACAAAUUAGAAAAGUCUAUUAUCCAGAUUUCCUUCGCUGUCCCAACUGGCUGGGACGAACGGGCGAAGGAUCGACUAAUGCUAGCUGUGAGGUCAACCAAGAUUAUGGACUCAUACUCCGCCCGCAGGACACAGCCGUCGUUCAUUGGGGAAUCUGAGGCGGCGGCGAUUGGCACACUCGCCGAUGUCGUCGACCGUUCUCAAAUUUCGCAGGAGAGCCCGGAAACCACACUUCUAGUCCUAGAUGUUGGAGGUACAACGUCGUAA